UUCAUAUGAACAAUUAUCCUGUCGUUUGCUACAAUAAUUACUCAAAGUGUUAUAAUAAAAUAUAAAUUUGCCCUGAAAAAGCGAUAUACACAUAUAAUGCGUAACAAUGACGUUUUUAGUGUGAAUAUGUAAAUCUAAAUGCCGGUUUCGAAUAAAAUUAAUGAAGUUCCGGUAUGUUUCGUGAAGAUGUCAAGUAUGAGUUAUUCAGGUUCCCGCGCGGCUGUCGGGGGUUUCGGUGGUCACUGAUCCAAGCCCGAUAUAAAACACACCAUGUUUCGGGCUCUCCUCGUAAAUCGGCUUUCCUAAAUGCGCUGCAAACGCCCAAAAGGCUGUUAUCGGUGUUCCGCGGAGUAAUCCAGGAGAGAUCCGGGGACUUGGCAGGGUUUUCACCUGUUAUUGUAGAUACUGACCAGGGGGUGCGGCCUAGCCUAAACCGAGGAUCGGUGGGAGGAUUCACGGCCUUUAGAAACACCAUAAGCUGUUUUUUAUUAAACUUAUAUUCCCGAGAAUGAACAUGCGUGGAACCCGCUUAUGAAAAAGGGCUGUACCAAGGUGAUGAAGAAGGUUAAGCUCCUUUUGCACUUUUGGCUGAUGCUCACAUCCAUCAGUUCUCACGAGCUGUCAAAAUAAGUUCCUCUCUGCCUCCCCACCUUUCCCAUCGUGGGCAGUCAAGCAUUUCCGUGCCCAUAAAUUCGUCAGGAAAGAGGUUCAACUACGGCUCAAAGCUGAAUCCGUACAGCCGAGCCCGGAUGACGGAGGCGUGGCCGCAGCAUGCUGUUGCCCCGCCUCCAGUGGUGCACACCAUCCCACCAGGGGCGGACACACUGGGCUGCACUGUCUAUGGUAUCGUCCUCCAGCCAGACACAGCAUUGCAACAACAACAGCAGCAGCAGCAGCAACAACAAUCCCAGCAACAGCAACAUCACAGUCAGCAGCAUAACCAGCAGCCGCAUUCGGCACAAACGCAACAGCCCUCUUUGCAUGUAGGGAAUGAGGGGGGACACAAGUGUGGUGCAUGUGGCCAUGACAUCUCCCAUCUGGCUAAUCCCCAUGAGCACCAGUGCAUGGUGAGCCAAGACCGUUCGUUUCAGUGCACGCAGUGUCUGAAAAUCUUUCACCAAGCCACUGACCUGUUGGAGCAUCAGUGUGUGCAGGUGGAGCAGAAACCCUUUGUGUGCGGGGUGUGCAAGAUGGGCUUCUCCCUGUUAACUUCUUUAGCACAGCAUCACAAUGCCCAUAACAGUGGCAACCCCAUGAAGUGUUCCAUAUGUGAAAAAACAUAUCGGCCGGGUUCUGGAAAUGCCACGCCAACUUCAUCAACGGGCACUCCAGGGCAACCAUCUAAUGACGAAGCAUCGUCCAGUGGCAGCGCAGCUGUCGGGACAUCAGGCCAGCCUACGUUUGAGCCUUCACAACCUGACAGGCCCUACAAGUGUUCGGUGUGCUCCAAGGGCUUCCGUCACUUAUCUGAGCUCACCCGUCAUGAACGCGUCCACACGGGUGAGAAGCCUUUUAAAUGUGAAACAUGCGACAAGAGCUUUAGCCAGUCCUCUCAUCUUGCCCACCACCAGCGUACCCACAGCUCAGAACGGCCGUUCAAGUGCGCAGUGUGCGAGAAGAGCUUCAAGCACCGCUCCCACCUAGUCCGUCACAUGUACGCCCACUCGGGUGAGCAUCUGUUCAAGUGCAACCUUUGCGAGUUGCACUUCAAAGAGUCUUCCGAGCUGCUCCACCACCAGUGUCAGCCGCAAGGUGCUCGCCCAUUUCGCUGCGCCACGUGCGGGAAGGGCUUCAAGCGUCCGUCCGACUUGAGACAGCACGAACGCACCCACUCGGAGGAACGCCCAUUCCACUGUGAAGACUGCCAGAUGAGCUUUAAACAACAGUAUGCCCUGGUGCGCCACCGACGCACGCACAAGCCCUCCGCCGACCGCCCCUUCAAAUGCAACCUUUGUGACAAGGGCUUCCUGCAGCCGUCCCACUUGUUGUACCACCAGCACGUUCACGGCAUGGAUAACCUUUUCAAGUGCGCCUCAUGCGGCAAGGGCUUCAGCCAAUCCGGUGAGCUGCUCCGUCACAAAUGUGGUGAGCCCUCCUCAACACCCACAAAUCCAGACAAGCCCUACAAGUGCGACGUGUGCGGAAAGGCCUACAAAAAGGCCACCACACUACAGCGGCAUCAGAAUUCCCACUGCACCGAGAAGCCUCUCAAAUGCUCGCUGUGCGACCGACGCUUCCUGUCCUCCUCAGAGUUCGUGCAGCACCGAUGCGACCCUUCCCGUGAGAAGCCCUUGAAGUGUCCUGACUGUGAGAAGCGCUUCAAGUACUCCUCGGAGAUGCAGCGGCACAGACGGGUCCACACCGGAGAGAAGCCCUACAAGUGCGCCAGUUGCGACAAGGGCUUCAAGCAACGCGAACACCUGGCCAAGCAUCAAAGCGUGCAUGCGAGAGAUGCCCAGUUUAAAUGUGUAUGGUGUGGAGAGCGUUUUGCUGAUCUAGGAGCACUUCAGGAACAUACUGUCCAGCACACAGCUGAAGGUGGGGGGUACCCUGUGUCCUCUCUCAUUCAGUAACUUGUGCCCCCAGUUACCAUUUGCAGAGUAUAAGCAAUUUCUACCCCAGUCAAAUGAUUUCUUACAAAGCCCGGUGACUUCAUAGUACCUAAUUUUGUUCUAAACAUGCAUAUGAUCAACAAGUAUAGUUAUUCCCUUUUUGAUAUCGAGGCAUACUUAAAUUGGAUUCGAUCAGCGAAAAGUUAUUGAAUCCUGGGAGGAGCGAACGGGAGAUCUCAAACUCUAUCCAAGAUACCACUGUGACCCUAGUUCAGUAGGGUGGCAUUUGCCCUGCAUUGUGGUUCCUUAACCCGACAUGGCUCACAAAUGCCCCCAUCAGAUCUUUAGAGCACAACUCAAAAAAUGAUUCGGUCUUGAUCCUUCAUAUUAAAAAAGCUAUACAAAUUUGUUAGUACCUAGUAUGGUUGAAAUAGUGCUUACUGUGGGCCUCCAUGUAAUAACUACUCCGAUCACUAGCCUUGGUGCAGUGUACACAUAUUUGGAGUACCUCCGUGUGCCUACUGUGUGCAUUUAGUUCGCCCCGCAGCUAAAGACAAAACAAAAAGGGGGACAAAGUUGUGCUGUUAUAAACUAUAAACUGUUAUGAAACUGUCUGUAUAUGUCAAUGUUGACGUUCCCCUAUUUGUGGCAACUAAUGGUAUCUACCAAAAACCAUCAUUGUACUGUACCACACCUUAAAUGGGACAAAUCGUUAACCAGCAGAAGUAUGACGAACUCAGAUGCUCUACAUUUCACGGAGAUUAUACGUAAAUAUAUAGAAUCUAUAUAGAAAUGUAAACUUCAAUCUUGUAUACAAACAGUUCAUAUUACCACGAGAAUCAGUACAGCUGUCCUGAAAAUUGCCUAAAAAAUGGAAAAGGCUUCCUGUUUUACUGUAUGUACAUAGUUAGUAUGUAUGCAACUUGUUUACCAGUCCUGUCAUUAGAAAUUGCAUUGUCUUUCUUAAACUGCACCACAAUUUUAUAAGUAGCUUUUCACGUGAAGUUCUGAUUCAUACAUUCUUACGUUUUGUUUCCGAUUUGCCUUUUUAAAAUUCAUUUCAGCCUCUUUGUAGAUGUAGUUUGGAUUGUAAUUGGUGUGUUCAAGGCUGUGUGAAAGUUGAGUCUGAUUUUAUAAAGGCUUUUGCCCCAUGCCCUGACCACCCACUGCCCCAUACAGGACUCAUGUACUUGAUGUGUAUUAUAGUAGCCUAAAUGUCAUUCUUCCUCUACUGUAUAGAUUUAUCCAUGUGUUUUUAUCUCUAAUCUGCCAACACUGUCUUGCCUGCAAUCAUUUGCCUUUCGCAACAUGACUGAUUCGUUUUUCUGUUAUUCUUAUAUAAACACCAUAAGAUCGGAGCCUUUCAAAAUGGAUUUUUGGUUUCCCCCAGAAUCCAGGAGGGAAGGUGUUUGUUUUGGGCCUCUGAGGCCUUGACUUAAACGCACGUCACUCUGAUGUUUUUGUUCGUGAAUGUCUGUUGCAUACUCCUCAAACUAUAACCAGUACGUUCUUUGAGAAACUGAUUUUUAAACUGACACCUUCUACAAUUGUAGUAUAUACAUGUUUAAUUUAGAGAGUAAGUGGUACUCAUACAAGAGUAAUCCUUGGUUUUAGAAUCACGUACUCUCCUUGUUUUAAUGUUAGAAAAUGCUACCACUUUUUUAUUGGUCUACAAAGCUGUUUUCUGUCAAAGUUUUCAUUUGCCUGCUUUGUUUCCCUCCCACCCACUUCACAAUUUAGCAUUAUCUUACUUGGGGCAAAAUGACAUUCUCGGCUCUGUUGCGUAUGCAGUAUUACAUGUUGGCCAUUGGCCCUUGAGGAGCAUCUCUCUCUUGCAGUUAGGUUUCGCCUAGUACUGUACGGUGAGGUUAGAGGUGGUAGUGACACUUUGGCCUUAAGCAGGGGCGUCUAGUUUCUCUGCAGAGCCCUUUGCCUCCAAUCUGUUUCCCAUUUAUUGUAUCUAUUUAUCCAUUGUUUUAAAUACCAAGGGGCUUUUUUAAACCGUAGGCAUUAAAAAUCUGAACCGUUUUUUUAUGUUUUCACAUUUUUUGUAUAUUAUUAUUAUUUUUUAUUAAUAUUGUUUAAAAUCUCUGUAUAAAUAUCUAUAUUCUGGGCAGACGUGUCAGGACCACAGGGGAACGUUAAGAUUGAUGGCCUUCCUCUAUGGUUUUGAGACCUCUCCACCCCGUGCAUGCCUGCUGUGUUAGUUCCCGUAAUCUGUUCCAAGUAUGUGCGCUUCCAACUACACAUACUUCUCCUUAGCUUUUUUUCAAACUGUAGAUUGUGAAUGAGCUAGUAAGAAAACUUAAUGUGGUGGUUGAUGUGACAUUCAUGCUGAUAUAUCUGUAUGUAGCAUUUAAUAUACACAGCACUAACUAAUAAACCUUUUCAUUAACA